CAUGAUUUCUUGAUAAGGAAUUACGUGGAAACCAUGCGGGAAUCCACAGCGGGAAUGAGACACUGCAAAUCCGGCACCGAUAACACCAAGAAACACUAUUAAUUAGCAGAUAAAUAAUCACCGAUUACGCCUAAGGCCACAAUAUUAGCGCAUAAUAAUUACUGUUAAUUCUCGCCGGCAAUUCGGAGAGGGCAGCAUGGCCGGAACUCUGCUUUCCGCUGAGGGUGUGUCGCUGAACAAGACUGUGGAAGAAAUGUCAAUCAACGGCCAUGCGCCGCCGCCGCAGUUUCAUGUAAAAGAAAUCAGUGAUGGGUCUGCAGAUUCUUCUCCGCCGGUUCCAAUUCCGGUCAUUGAUAUCAAUCUCCUCUCCGACGAAGAUGAGCUACAGAAACUAAGAUCAGCUCUUAGCUCAGGAGGGUGCUUCCAGGCAAUUGGUCAUGGGAUUCCAAGUUCAUUUCUUGACAAGCUUCGUGAAGUUGCAAAACAAUUCUUUUCUCUUCCGGCGGAAGAAAAGCAAAAGUAUUCUCGAUCAGCUCAUGAGGUUGAAGGGUACGGGUAUGACAUGGUGGUUUCAGAAAAGCAAAUUCUUGACUGGUCCAGUCGCUUAUUUCUUAGAGUCUUCCCAGAAGAUCAAAGAAGGCUGAAUCUUUGGCCAGAAACUCCAACUGAUUUUAGUGGGAUCUUGCAUGACUAUGGUGUGAAAUUGAAGUGCAUGAUGGACAUUCUGUUUAAGGCCAUGGCAAAGUCACUGAAUUUAGAAGAGAGCAGCUUCUUGAGCCAGUUUGGGGACCAACCUAUAAUGCAAGUGAGAUUUAACUUCUAUCCUCCUUGCUCAAGACCAGAUACGGUUCUUGGUGUCAAAGCUCAUUCAGAUAGAUCAGGAAUGACAAUUCUCCUGCAAGAUGAGGUCGUCGAAGGUCUUCAAAUUCUUAAAGAUGAUAGAUGGAUUAAGGUUCCUGUAAUUCCUCAUGCCCUUGUUGUCAAUCUCGGUGAUCAAAUGCAGAUAAUGAGCAAUGGAAUAUUCAAGAGCCCGAUGCAUAGGGUGCUGACAAACACCAGCAAGCUGAGGAUAUCUGUGGCCAUGUUCAGUGAGCCGGAGCAGGACAAAGAGAUUGGACCUGUAAAUCAAUUGAUUGAUGACAAAAGGCCAAGGCUGUAUAGAAAUGUCAAAAAUUUUGCUGGUUUCAACUAUGAAUGUUUUCAGAAAGGGAAAAUAGCAAUUGAGGAAGUAAAAAUUUAAUUACUUUUCUUCUUUCUUAACUACUCUGCUACUGGAAGCUUGCUGAUGGUGAAAUUAUGGAUGUGUAUGGUAUUCCAACGCCUGUUUCAGAAUCUAUUAUAAUAAAGUUUUUUUUUUUU